CAUCUGCCAUGGCGUUUGCAGUGUCAGAUGAACUACUGGGCACGUUCGUCCCCAUCGCCGUGUACUGGAUCUACUCUGGAAUCUACGUCUUGCUGGGUGAUCUGGAGAAGUAUCGGCUGCACACCAAGGCCGAGGAGAACGUGAAGAACAUCGUCUCCAAAUCGACCGUCGUCAAAGGCGUCCUGGUUCAGCAGGCUUUCCAGAUCUCUGUUUCCCUUCUCCUCUUCGCUGUCAUAAGCGACGGCAGCGGGAUCGCCAAGCCACAACCCUCCUUCCUCGCCAUCAUCGUGCAAUUCCUGGUCGCCAUGUUCGUGCUCGAUACAUGGCAGUACUUCAUGCACAGGUACAUGCACAUCAACAAGUUCCUGUACAAGCACAUCCACUCCAAGCACCACACUCUCGUCGUCCCCUACGCCUUCGGAGCGCUCUUCAACCAUCCACUGGAAGGCCUUCUGCUGGACACCGUCGGCGGAGCUCUCGCCUUCCUCGUCUCAGGCAUGACACCCCGAACAGGCAUCUUCUUCUUCUCCUUCGCCACCAUCAAGACCGUCGACGACCACUGCGGGCUGUGGCUCCCUGGGAACCCUCUCCAUGCGCUCUUCAGCAACAACAGCGCUUACCAUGACGUCCACCACCAACUCUAUGGCAGCAAGUACAACUUCUCGCAGCCGUUCUUCGUUAUGUGGGACAGGAUUCUGGGCACCUACAUGCCCUACUCGCUCGAGAAGAGGAAGGAGGGAGGGUUGGAAGCUCGACCAAUCAAACACAAGAGCUGAGAAAUUGUUUCUUGUUUUCUCACAACAGACGGCAAAUAAUCGAUGUUUCUUAUGAUACUUUAGUUGAAUUCCCAAUCACAUUGUAAUACGCUUACAAUUGCUCACAGAAAUUUUCUCUCUUUUGGUCUUA